AUGACUGACUACUACAACACUGAAGCCCGAACGCGUAAACUCGACCGGUUCCGCCGCGCCAAAGCGCUCGCGGCCGAGAAACUGCGGAUCGAAGAAGAAGAGCGCAAGCUCAGAGAAGAAGAGGAGCUCGAGAUGGCCCUGCCGCGCUCUGCUCCCAUCAUUGCCCGCGCUUCGAGCACAUUGUCUCAUAACAAUAUGAACAGCCAUGCCGUAUCGUCCACACAAAGCUCGGCCAGCAACACUCUGCCGACGCCUAUCACUCCGUCGACUGGCAGCGCCUCGACGGCGGUACCCGUGAUUAAGGAAGAGGCACAGAGCAGAAAUCGUGAUGACAAUAACAGCAGCAACAGCAACAUCAGCGACACCGCCAGCAAGAAUCCUGCUAAGCGAGCCCACGACGACAACGAAGAUGAUGCCGUCCCGAAGAAGGAAGCCAAAGUCCCCCGCAUUGACGCGCCGCUCGCCCCGCACCGCAGAACUGACAGUGAUAACGCCCAUACCACCAACCGCCGUGAUGAUAGAAGCGGCGACAGCAACGGUCACAACAAUGACAGCCGCCAUCGGCCCUCGCACGAUUCUCUUCAGGACUCGUCCUCACACAGGCGCCACGGCAGCCCGGCGCGGUUCAAGGAAGAGGAGGGGUUUGAGCGCAAGUAUGAUAGUUACAAGAGUGGGCCCAGCAACGGCGAGAGCCGACGUCGUGAGCUGGAGGGCUCGACGCAGUAUCCGGUUCCGGUGGAUCUUGGACACAAGGGGGAUUCGCGAUUCUUUAUUGUCAAGUCGUUCAACGCGGAGAAUGUGAAGCGGUGCAUGAAAGAUGGCAUCUGGACAACCCAGCUCCAAAACAGCCAAAUCUUUGCCGACGCCUUUGCCAAGUGCCGGAACGUCAUCUUGUUCUUUUCCGUCAACAAGAGCCGGGCCUUCCAGGGUUAUGCCCGCAUGAUCACCCCGCCCUCCUCCAGCGUCCCCCGCCCCUCCUUCAUCAAAGACAUCCACUUCGACGCCAGCGACCCCUUCCGCGUGAGCUGGCUCAGCAAGACAGCCGUGCACUUCUUCCGCAUCGGCCACAUCAAGAACGCCUACAACGACUUCGCUCCCGUGCUGGUCGGUAAAGACGGCCAGGAGAUCGAGGGCGAGGCGGGCGCCGAGCUGGUCCGCGAGAUGGAGAAGUUUGCCGAGGCGUGGCAGAGCGGUGGGCCGUUUCCUGCUGCCCCGAGGAGGGAUGGGGAUAGGGAUAGGGAUAGGGAGAACCGCAGGGGGAGUGGUGGGAGUGGGUUUUAUGGUCGCGAGCGCAGAUAG